UGUUGACUUGCCCACCACCCCAUCAUCGCCCUCUUAACUUCAUACCACUCCCACCAGCUCCAACCCAAGUCAUGCCCUACCUCCUCGUCCGCCCCCCAGCAACCUCCCUCGCUGACGGAAUCGUCACCCACCUGGAGCGCAAACCCGUCGACUACGAGAAGGCAACCGAGCAAUGGAGUCAGUACGUCAAGACUAUUAGUGAGGAGGGCGGUUUCACACCCCUCCAUGCCCCGCAAUCCAACACCCACCCCGACUCCGUCUUCAUCGAAGACAAAGUCCUCAUCGUUGGUCCCUUAGCCAUCCUCUGCAACUCACCCUCAACCUCCGCGCGCCACGGCGAAGCCCCCGGCGUCCUCACGACCCUCCAAUCCCUCCCCAAUUUGCGCCUAGAAUCCCUCCCACCCCACUGCCUCGUCGACGGCGGCGACGUUCUCAAAAUCGACAAAACCGUCUACAUCGGUCUUAGCGGACGUACCAACCAGGCCGCGCACGACCAUAUCCGGGAUCUGAUCACGCCGUUGGGGUAUACGUUGGUCUCGCUGCCCGUGACAAAGACGUUGCAUUUGAAAAGUCAGAUUACCGCGUUGCCCGAUGGGACGGUUAUCGGGUAUGCGCCGCUUGUGGAUGAUGUGGGGCUGUUUGCAAAAUUGGGGAGGAAGUUUGUGGGCGUGCCGGAGCCGGAGGGGGCCGCGGUGGUGUGUCUGGGAGGGAGGAAGGUUGCGUUGUCGGCUACUGCGGUGGGAACGAAAGCGUUGUUGGAGGGGCUCAGGUGGGAGGUUGUGACGGUCGAGAUUGGGGAGUUUGAGAAAUUGGAAGGGUGUCCGACUUGUUUGAGUGUGAGGAUACGUGAUGUUUGAGUGACGCCCGUGGAGUCAAGUUUCCAGCGCAUGUCCGUGGUUUCCAUCAAAAGGGUCGACAUUUUGGCGCGGUCUCGAAGGACAACGUAAAUAGCAUUGGUAAAUAGAAAAGGACAACGUGUGGAAUAUAAUGAAACGUAUAUAUGAUGCAGUUGAAAGAAUACAAAUGCGAGAGA